AAUCAGUUGAAACCCUAACUAUAUUUUCUCCUAAAUUAAUCGUACGCCCACACCUAUAAACCCUAAAUCCUAUAACAUCAAAGCCGAUUUUGCAUCAAACCACUUUGAGAAUAACAAACAAUGUCACACUCCGACUCAGGCAGCGACUCCGAUACCGGAAUUGAAGAAGAUAUGGAAGCCCUAAAAAGAGCCUUCUCCGUCACAGGCGCCGGUUCCGAUGCCGAUGCCGAUGCCGAUUUUGACGUCUCCGACGAGUCUGAAGAUGAAGACAUGGAGUUACUGCGUAACAUUCAAAAGCGGUUUGCUGUUCCCAUUGACACUGAACAUGAGGCUAGCUCAACGAAACCGUUACGAACGAUUCUACCUUCUGUUUUAUCCGAUGAAAAUGAUGAUAGUGACGACGAUUUUGAAACUCUCCGUGCGAUUCAACGGCGGUUCUCGCAAUACGACGCAGAUAGCACGAACAUAUGCGUGGAGAGUUCUGUACAGAGACCAGAGCAGGUUGGUGCAACUAAUAACAUAGACUUGGGAAACGAACCUUCCCCUAAUUUUUUCGUGAAGAGAAUUAAUAAUGGACGAGGAUUUUCAGAUUGUGUAGAUGGAAGAGCCACUAAUCAGAAUUCGGAUAUUUCAAGUAACAUUACUCCCGACACACCUUAUGAAAAUGUCAGUGAAGGACAUGAACCUGGUUCUGAACUUGUUCCGGUAACAGACGGUGGUUUUCCGAGAUCUGCACAGGCAUUUGUUGAGGCUAUUAAGAAGAACAGAGCAUGCCAGAAGUUGAUACGUAACAAAGUAGCUCAAAUUGAAGCCAGAAUGGAAGAGAAUAGAAAAUUGAGAGAACGUGUUAAAAUAUUGAAAGAUUUUCAGACGGCUUGUAGGAAAAAAACAGGCCGAGCGUUGUCUCAGAAAAAGGAUGCACGUAUCCAGCUUAUUUCAGUAUUCAAGCAGAGAGGCAAUGCUUCUAAGUUACAGGUUAAGGAUAAAAACGCGCUAGCAAUUUAUCAAGGCCCUGCAGAAAAUUCUCAAGUUGCACACUAUAAAGACGCAGUGUCGAAAUAUCCAUUCUCUUUGACUAGAGAACCUUGGUCAAAAGAGGAGAAAGAGAACCUCUUGAAGGGCAUCAGACAACAAUUUCAAAAAAUGUUAAUGGAUAACGUCAACUUUCUUAGUGGUGGAGAUGCAGAUCCUUCUUGUUGGGUUAAUAUGGUUGCACAAAUUAAAGAUCAUAAAAUAACACACGAAGAAAUCAAGUCAUUUCUCAAAGAUGUUAGAUGGAAAGACCUUGCUUCCAUGUAUGUCACAGGCCGAUCUGGUGCUGAAUGUGAAUCAAGAUGGAGAAACUGUGAGGAUCCUUUAAUUAAUCACGGGCCAUGGACUAUAAAUGAAGAUAAGAAGCUCUUGCAUAUUGUUUCGAACCGAGGGAUUAGUAACUGGAUUGAGAUUGCUUCGGAACUUAAUACAAACAGGACACCUUUUCAGUGUUUGUCACGUUUUCAAAGGAGUCUUAAUGCAUCUAUAAUAAAAAACGAGUGGACCCCAUCUGAAGAUGAGGAACUUCGUAAGGCUGUAGCAGAGUAUGGUGAGACUAACUGGCAGUUUGUUGCUUCUACACUCGAAGGCCGCACUGGGACCCAAUGUUCCAAUAGAUGGAAGAAGUCAUUGAACCCUCGAAGGGAAAGAGUUGGAAAGUGGGACCCGUAUGAGGAUAAGUGUCUCAAAGUCGUUGUGAGUCUAUUCGGAGCCAAAAACUGGAAUAAAAUAGCUAAAUUUGUGCCUGGCAGGACACAAGUACAAUGCCGAGAAAGAUGGGUUAAUUGCUUAGAUCCUUGUCUUAAUAUGGAUGAGUGGACUGAAGAAGAGGAUAUGAAAUUGAAAGAAGCAAUUGAGGAACAUCAAUAUUGCUGGUCUCGGAUAGCUGCAGCUGUUCCUCCACGCACCGACAGUCAAUGUCGGAGGAGAUGGAAGGUGCUGUUUCCACAUGAAGUCCGUAUGCUCCAAGUAGCCAGAAGCAUGAAAAAGGCUGCUUUUAUAUCCAAUUUUGUAGAUCGGGAAGGGGAGCGUCCUGAUCUCACCGUUAAAGAUUUUGUCGCACCUCUGCAAAUUGAGUCAGGUCCCAAAGCCAAUGAAGGUUCCAUUAUCUCAUACGAGAAAAAGCAAAGAACUGUUGUUAAAAAGAGAUCUAGGAGGGGUAGAAAGGUUUCUCGUUCCAAUAAGGUAGACUAUAUCGAUGAAGAUGACGUGGCGGAGAAUAAUAGUCAUGUUGACAUCAUAAUCAGUGGUGUGGACAACUCGAAGACUAAAAAGAAAGGCACUGGGAAGCGGAAGGGGAACGAAAUAGGCGUUUUUAAAAUUAGAUCUAGGAGGGCUAGACAGGUUUCUCAUACUGAAAAAGUAUUGAGAUUAAUGGAUGAAGAUGAUGACGGCCAUGCUGGCGUCACCAGUUGUUUGGAUGACGAUAAUGUUGAAGAAAAUAGAACGUUUGACGUGAACGAUGAUUGUGAGAUUGAGAGGAAAGCCACCAGGAAGCGGAAAUGGAAUCAAAGGGAUGAUGACGUGGCAAAGGAAAAGAAAAAGGCAGGAAGAGAUUGUGAAGUUGAAAGAAGCUUUAAGAAGGAACUUAAAGUGUAUGUUAGAAGGAGAUUUAGAAAGCAUAAUAGUGAUGAAAGGUGUAAUAGAAAAACAGAUGAAGAAGAAGAACUGGAAGAUGAAGAGACACUUGGUAGCUUUUUGAUUAAAUUAAAGAAGAUUAUGAGAGAGAGAUGAAUUUUGCAAGUAGUUUAACAUCUUCCAUGCACUUAUUUGUAUGGUUAUUGCUCAAGGAACUAAAGAGGAGUUGCCUUUUCUCACACGUAUCGGUUAAAAUACCCAAAUUUUGUUACUAAAGAGGGGAUGGUGUAGCGGGAUUGUGUCGUACAAGAGCUUGUUUGACCGUAAAUUUUGGUACUUUUGAAAUAUUUAUAACUGUAAGUUUUAAUCCUUUACUAGUAAGACAACUUUGCCAAACGUGGCGGAAAGUUGGUUGGUAUUGUUUCGGCUCAUUACAUUAAUGACACUUGCUAUAGCAACCGAUACAAGAAACUUGUAAAAUUAAGUCUAAGAUGCGCAAAAGAAUAUUGAUUUAUGUUUUACGUA